AUGAAAUACUCAAGACCAAUUAAAAAAAAUUUACAAAAUCCAUGCCCAUCAUCACGGACUCUUGUUCCUAUUACUGGAUCAAGAAAAAGUAUUUCAUUGAUUGAAUUAUCCCCAGCUAAAAUGAAUACUAAAUUAAUCAAUAGAUUAGAUUCUGAUAAAUUUGAUGUGGAGGAUUUUGAUGGCUCAAAAGUUUGUGGCUUAAAUGAUGUGUUUAAAAAAAAUUGGCUUGAUGCCAAUAAUAGUAAUAGUGAUAAUAAUAAUGAUAGUAAUAAUAAUAAUAAUGAUAAUAUCAGUAAAGUAAAAAAUAACAAAGACUUGGAAAUUAUAAUGAAAAAAAAAGCGGCGACUAUUGUGUGCCAUACAUUAAUAAUAAAUGCAUGGAGACGUAGACGUGAAGAAAUAAUUGAUUUGAAUGUUAUUAUUGAUGAGCUACGUCAGCAAAUAGAUCACUUACAGUUGCAAAUUGUUGUAUUGAGACGAUUACUGGACACCGAGAAUAGCCGGGUCGGUAAACUUGGCACACAAGUUCGUCGCGCUAAAAUACAGCUUGAUAAUGUUACCAAAGAAAAGGAUAUUCUUAAUAAUGAAAAUGAAAAAUUAAAAAAUGAUUUAAAUUCAAUUAAUCAAAUUAGUGAAGAACGCAGAGUUUUAAUUGAAAAUUAUAAAAACGAAUUGAUUAAUACUAAAAAUCAACUAGAGAAUGUCGAUAAUCAGAUGAUGAAGGACAGAGAAAAGUUACUGAAAUUACGAGAUGAUAAAAAAAUUUUAUUAGAUAAGGUUGCAGCGUACGAAAAAAUUUCAAGUGAACGUAAAGAGCGAGCAGACAAAGCUGCGAACGACGUUGAGGAGUUAACAAAUAAGUUGAAUAUUCACAUGGCUAUUGUUGAAAGUUUAAAGGAAGAGAAACAACAACUUGACAAGAAUUUAGAAAUUAUUGAAAAGAAAAAAUUGAAAAUUGAGGAACGUCUAUCGGCGAGUCAAGACCGCGAAAAAGCAUUGAGCUUGCGGGUUAGUAAUCUUGAAAUACAGUUGAGUGAUCGUGAAGCUGCGUUACGUAAGAUCGAGUCUGUUUAUAGUUUUCAAUCGACUGAAAUAAAUGAAUUAAAAGAAAAAUUAAUGAGACAAAGCCAAGAAUGUAGUUGGAGUAGUAAAAUUUUGCAAAUAGCAGGAAGUGUCGUAAGAGCACCGCGAGUUAUAUUACGUACUAUUUCAUUCUUAGCAUUCGGUGGAAUUUCUUCACGUCCAUAAAAAAACACUUGUCUUAAAAUUUAAAAAAGUAUGAACCAAGCAUCAUAUAUUUGAUACAAAUUCAAAUAAAUUUCCCACUUACAACACGAUUUUAAAAAAGCCCGCUAUCAAUUUCUAUUUGUCAACGUC